CGGAGAACAUUCCGCACCAGUGCUCCUCGGACUUUCUCAUCGCCCAUCUGCUUCUGACUCGCAAGAAAGCUCGGACUUUUAUAUUGAGGCUAAAUUUAGUGGGCUGGUCGGUGCGCUGCGUCCCCAUCCUGGACGCGUUUCCUUCCCCACAGCCUCGCAUUGGUCUGCUUUGUGCAGGCACGUUUAUAAGAAAAGUUGUUCCCUCCAGACGCGCAGAACGAGAAGCACCAGCUCACUGGAAGACGUACGGAGACACUGGACGCUCAGCUGGCUCAAGUCUAAAAAGCCUUUCCUCAAUAACAGAGGCAUUUUAUGCGUUUUAUAAUAACGCCUCGAAUAUGGCAUUGAGUGGGACCAUUUUACCAUCAAUCUCUACGUUUGCUAACCAAAAGGAGAAAUAUUGGGGAGAUAGAUGGAAGAGCAACAUGAGCAGCGCUCCCGAGAUUGACAACAGCUGCCUAGGUAGAAAAGACGAAGAGGACCUGGAUACGUUCCUGGACCUCGAGUUUAUUCUGGCAAACACCACCGGCUCCGACAGUGCGCUAGACGCCGGGACCGAGUCCUAUCGACUUCAGGAGUCCGCGGUGCCUGUGUAUCACCAGCAGCCGAAGCACCACGCCGGGAUGCCCUUGCAGUCGGCCAAUUACGCCUCUGCCCCGGACAUGGACUGCCCUCCACCGCCUUAUAACAGCCUGAUGGCGGAGCUCCUUCGCUCCGACGUGGACACUGGCUUCUUUAACGGGAGCAGCCUUAGUAUCCAGGGGAAAUUCUUGAUCAGCUCCACGCCUUUCCAAACAUCUCAGGAUUUAAUCCCCGAGCACCCGAACAUUAAAAUUGAGCCCCAGUCAAUGGAUACCACGCACGGGCCAGUCAUGGGACUGGUGCCUCAGAGCUGCACCAAAAUCAAGCACGAAGGCAACGUCUCCUGCAUGAUGUCGUACGAGCAGCAGCCGCGGCUGGCCAACUCCCCGCAGGCCGCCGUGGGCAGCAUGACCCCGCCGCUCAGCCCGGUCGACCUGAUGAGCUCCGAGUGCCAGCAGCCCCAGAUGUGCCACUCCAACUCCCUGACGUUCCCGCAGAAUUUCCACCCUCACCAUCAGGAAUUCCCUCACCACAUUCGCCUCCCCUUCCACCACCAAUUCCCAGGCAUGUUCGGAGAGGACACGUCCAUGGGCGUGCAGCAGCAACCUGCGGCCGGUCAAAGGGCGCUGCUCACCCCGCCAUCCUCCCCGCUGGACAUAAUGGACGCCAAGCCCAAGAAGGGUCGUCGAUCCUGGCCGAGGAAACGGACUGCGACGCACACCUGUACUUUCACCGGCUGCGUGAAGACCUACACCAAGAGCUCCCACCUGAAGGCGCACCUGAGAACGCACACAGGAGAGAAACCCUACCACUGCAGUUGGGAGGGCUGCGGCUGGAAGUUCGCACGGUCCGAUGAGCUGACGCGCCACUUCCGGAAGCACACGGGACAUCGGCCUUUCCAGUGUCACCUGUGUGAGCGGGCGUUUUCUCGGUCUGACCACCUCGCCCUGCACAUGAAGAGGCACAUGUGAAGAAAGCGGUGAAGGACAAUAACGAUGCAACGCAUCGACCCCAUACAAAGAACUUUUAAGACAUCCCAUGAUCAGCAAGUUCCUAAACGAGCAGCCUAUCAGCUGCAGUGGUACCUUGGCAGGAUAACCUGUCAGUAGAUUAUGAUGAAACCACUAUUGAUUACACUGUAGUAGGCGGUGUACCAUAGGAGUAUUAUAGGGAUUUUCACAUUUGUGCUAUCUAAGCAUCAACUAUAAUGUGUCCUCAUAUGAGUCUAUAUUUUGUUUAAUAAAAAAGACAAAAGAAAAGAAAAAUAUUUAAAUGUGUUUUCGAGAGAAGUGACGACCAGACUGGCCUACAUAGGCCUAUGCCAGAUGUGACGGAAAAGAAACUGUUUCUUUGCAGACCAAAGUCCUUUUGCAGAACUAUGUAGCUGGUACUACGUUUUUAUAUUCAUAAAUAUAGACGGCAAAUGAAAGGAGCAUUCCACGAAACAUGUCGGGCACAUGCCACUGGAACAACUGAAUACAGACAAUCCUUUGAAGACCAGUGUUUUUCACAAUAAGUGCCUCUUGUAUCAAGUUAUUACACGCCUUAUGAGGUCAUAUUCUCUACUGUCUAAAAGACAAUAUGAGUUUUACUGUGUGUUAUAUUGUAAGGGCAAACGGCUUUGAGACAAUGUUUUCUUCUAAAACUGCCUUUAAAUCUGUUCUCCUUAAAGGCUUGAACUCGUGUCUGUGAGUGUCUCUGCUGUCCAGUAGCACAUGAAGUCAGGGUCUUACAGUAGAAGGCCUCACAGAGGAGCACGCCAUCUCAGAUUCACCUGAUUGACAAAGGGCUACGCAUUCUCUCAUGAAAUGUACCGCCUUGUAAAUAUUGUCUUUACGUGUAAUGUAAUAGUUUAUUUUAAUGUACAUAUUAAACUAAAUUACACUGUGA